GACGCUUUGCAAUUCCGUAGACUCUUGGAAAUCGAGCUUCAUAAUUCCAUCGACUCUUGGAAAUCGUGUUUGCAUUGGAAAACGAGCCUUUCCUUUAGAGAAAUCAUGGGCGUGGACGAGCCAACGAUCCGAAAAAUCUGCGGAGAUGGACUAUCGCUUAAUCUACGCUCGAACGAGCAGAUCCUCGAGGUAACAGGCGACGGAUGCAGCAUCACGAUGUCGAAGAAUCACGGCAGCGUGAAGAUCAUCGGCGACGGUUGUCGACUGAGGAUCGAUCGUAACAUGGGCGACGUAGAGUACACCGGAGACGGUGGACAAGUGCUUCUUGGACCGAAAUCGACCAACGACAAAGUGAAAUACACCGGCGACGGUGGUAGAAUCAGUUUGAACGGUGAAUCCUGGAAGAAGAACCGGAAGUCGAAGGAAGACACCGAUAAAAAGGUGAACGUGAAAGGUUCGACGAAGGAGAAGCAAGCUUCGAGAAGCCAGGAAGACGCUGAGAACACGUUUAACGAAGGAAAAGACGUGAAACGAAACGAAGAAAGGAGAAAUGGGAAAUCGACGAAGUUCAGGAUCAUCACCAGUAUUGAUUGCGACGAGAAGAACGUGAAAAGAUGGUUCGUAUGUCCUGAGACUGUUGUGAAGAACUUCAACGGUGCUGCAUUCGUGAAGAUCGAGCCUAAAUCGACGAAAACGAAGAUCGAGGUGAAGCGAUGGGAAGAUUACGAGAAAGAUAGUUGUGAUUCGCCGGCAAUUAGUGUACCUUCGAAUCGUGAAAAUGUCGAUUUUAAUCGCCGCGCGGACAUGUUCGAAGACCGAGAGGAAACGGCGAUGAUUUAAACGGCAAAUCAUCACGAUGACAUAAAUCUGAGCUGAAGUUCCUAGAUAUUAAGAGAUAUAAAUUGCGAAAUAUGUUUUUCUGCGGAGGAUGAUACAAUGGAUAAAAGCGUAUCGGACGGGUGAAGUUUCUUCGACGAUUCUUGAAAAUUGUUUUCGACGAAUAAGGGAAUAUUGAGAACGAAGUAAU